AUGGCAGCUACAUCAAAAGCUCCAUGUGCGAAAUGUGAGAAAAAUUCUGGUAUAACCACAUGCGAUGGCUGUUUAGAAAAGUUCUGCCGACGAUGUUUCAAUGAUCAUCGUCAAGAUUUGUCGAAAGAACUCGACAAUGUUGUUUAUGAACACGAUAUGCUCAAACAGCAGCUCGAAACGCCAAAAGAAAAUGACUCACAUCGUUUGUUGAAGCAAAUUGAUAAAUGGAAGGAAGACUCUAUCGGUAAAAUUAAUCAACUCGCUGAUCAAUGUCGGACUGAUGUUGUUAAAUUGCUAGAUAAAAACAAGGACCGGCUUAUAGAUAGAUUUCUCAAAAUAACGAACAGAGUUCGGAAAGGUAGAGACGAUGAAGAUUAUGAUGAACGAGAUCUCAGCAAGUGGAUGGAUAACUUAAAAGAAUUAAAAAAUGAACUUAUCGAACUAUCGAACUUCCAUGUCGAAGAGGAUAAACAACAAUCUUCUUGGAUUCAAAAGAUCAGAGUACACGACGAUUUCCGCGACCAAGCAAAAGCAAAAGCUGGUUAUUCAAAGCCACAAAUUGCACCGUCAUUACCGACCAGCCAACCACCAGCUGGAACGCAAUUAAUAAAAUCAAAUGUAUCGGAAACUUAUCCGACAAAACUAUCCAAGGAAGAGAACGAACUUAUAGAAAAAUUAAGGUGUAACGACACAACAACUGUUACUAUUCGCAGCAACAAUAUAUCAGAUGCAGGGGUAAAAGCAAUUGCAGAAACCUUGAAAACAAACCAAACAUUAACAGAUCUUGGUAUUCAGAGCAACAAUAUAUCAGAUGCAGGGGCAAAAGCAAUUGCAGAAGCCUUGAAAACAAACCAAACAUUAGCAGACCUUUAUAUGGGUAACAACAACAUUUCAGACGCAGGGGCAAAAGCAAUUGCAGAAGCCUUGAAAACAAACCAAACAUUAGCAGACCUUUAUAUGGGCAACAACAAUAUUUCAGACGCAGGGGCAAAAGCAAUUGCAGAAUCCUUGAAAACAAACCAAACAUUAACACGUCUUGGUAUUAAGAGCAACAAUAUAUCAGAUGCAGGGGUAAAAGCAAUCGCAGAAGCCGUCAAAAAUUGUACUGUGUUCAUACUUGAAAAACAAUCAAACAAAAUCAUGACUUCAGCAUCGUCAAUUGUUCAAAAUUUACAAAAUGAGACAUUAUCAUUGCUUGAUGAAUGUUCAGCAUAUAUAAUAAAAACAGUAGGAAUAUUAAAUAGGUAUACACCAGAAAAUCAACAUUUACAUGGUUAUGGAAAAGAUUAUGGAAUGUCUCUACAAAACUACGUUGAUGAAUUAGAAAAAGAAACAAUACGUGCUAAAAGAUCAGAAUUACGUAUGUCAGUUGCUGGUACAAUGAAAGCUGGCAAGACUACAGCUAUGACAAGGUUACCAACAGAAAUUAUUUUUAAGCAAGAUUUAACAGAACCACAGCUAACAUUAGAUAUUGAAUUAGUACAUGCGUUUGAAGUGAUAUGUGGAAAAAUAAAAUUGAAAGUUACUGAGAAUAGUGGCAAUAUAUUAAUAGAAAAUUUAGAUUAUCAAGAUCAUUUGUAUGAUACAGUACAUAUCAUAGUCCAGGGUACUAUGCCAAAAAUUGAAAACAUAACUCAUAAUCAAGAGCAAAUAGCAAAACUGUUGAUAUUUAUUAAUGAUGCUAUUCGUACAUCCAAUAUGCUCGAGAUCGAUAACAGUAUUAUUAAAGAUCAUGUUCCCCGUAUUGACGUACCUAUUUCAUCCAGAAUAAAAAAUGAUACAACCACAACGGUACAAAUUUUUCCAUAUGAAGAUAAUCUAAUUAUUGCUGAUACACCUGGUCCAACUGAACAAUGUUUAUCAAAUCAUUUAAAAGAAGUUAUAUCAAAAGAAUUGAAAAAAGCAGUAUUAGUUAUGAUUGUAUUUGAUUUUUCAAAUUUAAAUUCAAGAGCUAAACAUGAGAUAACUAAUGAAGUCAAUAAUAUACAUGAUAACAUAUUGUUUGGUGCUGGUCGUAACACGAAUCAAACGGAUAACAGUUUAUAUGCUCUUGUUAACAAAGUUGACCAACAUGUUGACGAUAAAGAUAUGUCACACGCACAAAAAAAAAGUGGAUUGUAA